UUUGUACAGUGCAUAAAAUAAUAAUAGUUCAGAGUCGUGCAGUCAUUUGGAGCUGCGUACUGUUUAUAAAGCUACUAUUAGUGAUAGCAUAUAAAAUAACUAGCGCAAAGGAACGGGGAGACUCGCAGCGAGCGACAAGAAAGGAUGAUCCCAGUGAUAUCCAUCGUCAUCGUCGUAUCAGGUGUUGCCGCUCUUGCCGACACGUGCUAAAAGGACCGGCUAUGGGUUCUAAUCGGCAGCUGAUGGAUGGUAACUGGCGAACUUUACGGAAGCUUUCGUAUGUCGGUCUCAUUUGGAUGUGCGCCUGUUACAUAGCUUUCCGUUUCGGUACGGGCGACCUUUCGCAGAAUCCGUUUUUGGGAGUUCCAGCGCAGCGAGCCUUACUACAAAAGCUUCCGCAAGAUGCCACAGGUAGCGCCGAUUCUUCCGCAAAUGUUAUCCCUCAGGGUGUCGGUGCAGCUCCAGGUCCAUCAACGACUCAGACAUCCGUUCCUUCAUCUGGCGUUGUCGAUCGUGACGUGAAGAUUGAUAAGGAUGCAAAAAACAUUGAUGAUAUUCUGAGCCAGCUAAAAGAAGUGUCGAACAUUCCUUAUGCAUACUGGGACCCGAAAAUUCCAAAACCACCGAUAACUUCUAAAUCUUGUGUAAAAUAUCCGCCAUUGUAUGAUUUGCAAUUUAAUAAUCUGUACUGGCAAAAGUUGAAUACGAAUAAUGGCUCAUUCUUUAUUUACGGAGCGUAUCUCGAUAUACGACAGCGGGUAGGAAAGGUUCCUCUAGUGCGCAUAUUAGCUAUGAUUGACCGCAUCAAACCAACGACGAAGUAUUGCCUUUUGUGGUAUGAUAACGCUACCAUGCCUGUUGUGUCGUUAGCUUCAUAUACUUAUGCGUGGUAUUCAAGAUGGGGUAAUUACAAAGAUGGUCUUUUGCAACCUUUCAUAGUUAGUUGCCCAGCGCCCUUUCAAAAAGGUCGAGGGUUAUACCCUUCCUCUGUAUCACUCGUUGAGCGGCAAUGUACCCCACCAACAAAUAAUGUGAGGGUAAUUCACAACGCGCCGGAAAUCAAACAGGAUUUUGCUGUAUGCGUUAAAGGAUUAGACUUUCUCAAAGAUGACCUCAGCGUACGACUUGUCGAAUGGAUUGAGUUGCUGAAUAUACUUGGUGCUAAAAAGAUUUUUUUCUACGAGCUUGAGGUACAUCCCAAUAUAUCAAAAGUUCUUCAACAUUAUGUAGGUAAGGGUAUUGUCGACAAUACCCCGCUAACGCUUCCUGGAGACAUGCCGAAUCUUCCAGCCCUUCGACAUCAAUUUCUGAAACAGCGUACGAACCACAAGCGGCAGAAUGAGCUAAUUCCAUACAAUGAUUGUUUAUAUCGCAAUUUAUACUCAUACGAUUUCAUCGCAUUGUUAGACAUCGAUGAGGUAAUCAUGCCGAUCAACCACGAGGGUUGGGCAGAUCUAAUGAGGGAAGCAAUACAACCGCAGGCCCUUAAAGAGCAUAACUAUACGCGCGCAAGUUACAAUUUCCGCAAUGUCUACUUCAUGGACGACAUGCUAAAGGGGGAAGAAAUGAAACACGAAGUUCAUGAGGUGGGCAUCCCACCUUACAUGCACAUGUUACAGCACGUGUACCGCGCUAAAAAUUUCACCAAGCCUGGCGCUUACGUCAAGUGCUUCCAUGACACUCAGCGAGUGGUGUCGCUGCAUAACCAUUUUCCAUUGAACUGUUUCGGAUCAUGCACGACCUAUAGUGUGCCACCUGAGAUAGCUCAAAUGCAGCAUUAUCGCAAAGACUGCGUUGGCCCACUCCAAAAAAGCUGCGAGUCAGAAUUCAAAAGCAGCACAAUCCGCGAUACAACGAUAUGGCGAUACAAAGACGAACUAAUCACCAGAGUUACUGCUACUCUUCAAAAGUUGGACUUCUUUGCUAGCUAGGGUAUCUCCUAGAUGUGCAUAUAUUUUAUUUGUAGUAAUACUUGGAAAAGUAAGUAAGUAGACUAAGAAAAACUAAUUUAUGGAUGUGAGCACAAACAUCAUGUUGACAUAACGAUGACAAAAACGGAACGAAAACAUGAUGUCUUGUCAGUUAAAGUCUGUCACUUUCCUGUAAAUAGUUGACAUAUGUAAACGUGAGUGAGAAAUUGUUGAAUGAUGCCACAGUUUCGUGAUACUGUGUGCAUUUCUAAUUUAAUUUCAACUCGCAAUCCUCUAAUAGAAUAAUGGAGUUGAGCGGGAUGCCGAGUACAACAACAACAACCCACGAGGCUAUGACUAUAGUGGUCAUUCAAAGCCGCCCCCUCAAAGUAUUCCUAGUGGCGAUUAAAUUGAGCGAUGGUAAGUGUAAUAAUGUAGAGAAAAAGAAAAGAUUUUCGGAAAUUGGUGUUGUUGAUCAUUUUCAAGAUGAUAAUUAUUCUGUCGAUAUUAUUACUGAGCUCGAGUGGAAUGGCAGAGAAGGAAGAGUGUGUAUAAAAAUUAUUUUCAUGACAGAUGAGAUAAAAGAGCCCACAUCGCAAAAAUGGAAUAUGAGCAAUAGUGAAUUCAUAUUUUGAAGUAAAUGAAAAACGUCUCAAAUGGUUUUUAGAGUAAUAUCUUCAUUGCCACGUAUUAUGAAUAGCUACUAACUGCUAAGUGAAUGUCUGAUUUGAUUAGUAGUUUCAUAGUCAUUUCUUGUAAUUAUAAAACAAAAUCUGUUUCUUUUAAUAAGCGUACUAUACGUGCAUGAUACGUACUUGAAAUGUUCAACAUAGAGUUUUUGUAACUGAUAUAUUUAUUGCUUAGACAAGCUGUCUAGUCUUUGGGACUACACUGCGGUUCGGCCACCUCCUCGAUUGUACCAUCAUUGGGCACCAUAUAAGUGUGUAUUAACUUUUUGAAUAUUUUGUACUCUCUGGGAUGCUACACGAAAAGUUGCACCCAUAACGUACAAACUCGGAAAAGUAAGUUUCCGACUAGACCGAACUGUUUUUGUGGGCAAAGUCAGAAUAGUGCAAUAGUGAAUCUGAAUAUCAAACUGACACAAAUACAGGAGAAAAAUGUGAUAGCCGUAUCCGUCGGCAAACACAUAAAAAAGCAGAUGCGAAAAGAAUAACUUAAAAAUACGUAAAAAAAGUUAAAAUAAAGAAAGGACACGACAAAUAAAUAAAUAAAUAUGGCCGAGCCAUCUUAAAGGCUUCUUCUGUCCGUAACAAGUGACCUGGAAGAAAGAGGACUGUGAAUUUAUCACUAAUGACUGUUAUUACUAUUAUUAUGAUGAGAAUGCGAAGAGGCAAAAACGACAAAAUAAUGUAAAAGAGAAAAAGGGGUAGACAGAAAGUAACGAGUUGUAAAUUAGCUACUGAUGGUGAUUCAAAUAAAGUGAUAUUCUUGUCAGAAAAACAAAAAAAAAAACUUGAAUACAUCUUUUUCUAAUUUAUUUCUUCAUAAAGCGUAACGCCUUAGCAAUAUGCCUACUAAAUAUAGAACUGUAGGUCA